AUGUCGCUGAAAUGUUUGGACCGCGAUUCCUACCGGGUGGGAUGGAUAUGCCCAUUAGAGGUGGAACAGAUUGCGGCAAUGGAGAUGCUAGACGAGGAGCACCCACCUCUUCCGCAACCAAGCGGGGACACAAACGUUUACAACCUGGGCAGCAUCAACAACCAUAACGUUGUCAUCGCUGGUCUUCCUCGGGCAGGAAACUGCUCCGCAGCCACUGUCGUUACUCAAUGA